GGGGCUCUCCUCUCCCCCGCGCUCGCCGCCGCUGCCUCCGCCCGCCGCGCGGACCAGCGAGCCGGGUAGCAGCCGCCCGCCCGCCCGCGUGUCGGGGCUGCGGUGGGCCAGGAUGUCGGGCUUCCUGGAAGAGCUGCUCGGCGAGAAGCUGGUGACGGGCGGCGGCGAGGAGGUGGACGUGCACUCGCUGGGCGCCCGUGGCAUCUCGCUGCUGGGGCUCUACUUCGGCUGCAGCCUGAGCGCCCCCUGCGCGCAGCUCAGCGCCAGCCUGGCCGCCUUCUACGGCCGUCUGCGAGGGGACUCGGCGGCCGGGCCGGGGGCUGGGGCCGGGGCCGGGCCGGGGGCCGGGGCGGCCGCGGAGCCCGAGCCUCGGCGCCGCCUGGAGAUAGUCUUCGUGUCCUCGGACCAGGACCAGCGGCAGUGGCAGGACUUCGUGCGGGACAUGCCGUGGCUGGCGCUGCCCUACAAGGAGAAGCACAGGAAGCUUAAACUUUGGAACAAAUACCGAAUUUCCAACAUUCCAUCACUAAUAUUUCUAGACGCCACCACGGGAAAGGUUGUGUGCAGGAAUGGGCUCCUGGUGAUUCGAGAUGACCCAGAAGGUCUGGAAUUCCCUUGGGGACCCAAGCCCUUCCGGGAAGUCAUUGAGGGGCCCUUGCUUCAAAAUAACGGGCAGUCGAUGGAGAGCAGCAGUCUAGAAGGCUCUCAUGUGGGAGUCUAUUUCUCUGCACACUGGUGUCCUCCCUGCCGAAGCCUUACACGAGUGCUGGUCGAAUCUUACCGGAAGAUCAAGGAAGCAGGCCAGAAGUUUGAGAUCAUCUUUGUUAGUGCAGACAGGUCAGAGGAGUCUUUCAAGCAGUAUUUCAGUGAGAUGCCCUGGCUUGCUGUUCCCUAUGCUGAUGAGGCUCGGCGAUCACGCCUCAACCGGCUCUAUGGAAUUCAAGGCAUCCCCACACUCAUCGUACUGGACCCACAGGGGGAGGUGAUCACUCGGCAGGGCCGGGUGGAGGUGCUAAAUGAUGAGGACUGCAGGGAGUUCCCAUGGCACCCGAAGCCCGUGCUGGAACUCUCUGACUCCAAUGCUGUGCAGCUCAAUGAAGGCCCCUGCCUCGUCCUUUUUGUAGAUUCUGAGGAUGAUGGAGAGUCUGAGGCAGCCAAACAGCUGAUCCAGCCAAUAGCUGAGAAAAUCAUUGCCAAGUAUAAAGCCAAAGAAGAGGAGGCACCACUGUUAUUCUUUGUGGCUGGGGAGGGAUCCUGGCUUGGGGCACAGCUGAGACCUGCAGUCACCUGCACAGCCAAAGAAGCUUGGUGA